GAGCAAGCCCUUCACAGAGGAGCAGAGAUCAAUAAUCUUUACGAAGGUUGGUGUGUAUUCCGCCAACCACAUCCAGCCGCCUCAGAGACCCAAGGCACUUGUGGUCUUCGGCCCUCCAUCCGUCGGGAAAUCAACCCUGAGCAUGGAGGUCGCCAAGCGUAUUUUCGACACGCCUGGCAACGUUGUGUGUGUUGAUGGCAACGACGUGCGCGACGCGCACGACGGGUUUCAAAAGGUGGCCCAGCACGGCUUGCAGCACAACCUGAUCCACACCGAUGCCUGGGAGAUCCUGAAGGCAACGAAGACCGUUGAAAACCUGAAGAAGGACAUCUUCGCUUUGGGUGUGAAGAACCGACAGAAUCUGAUCAUCCCAGAGUGUGCGCUUAAACCUGAGAGGGUUUACAAGAUGCUGGAGCAGAUGGAAAAGGCAGACUACGAGAUGCACGCCAUUUGCCUCUGGGCACCUCUUGAGGCCGCGCAGCAGCGGGGAAGGAUCAGAUCGCUGAAGGCUGGAAAGGCCUACAGCCCCAAAUUCCACGGUCCCAGUUGUGUCGGGGCUGUUGAUUGUGCGUGGCAUUGGCACAAGAAGAUCCAGGAGGGAAGCCGAGCUUACUGCAGCGUCCGAUGCUAUGACAACACAGUCAGACCAUGUCAUCCUGUUCACCUCGAAGAGUUUGAGCGCUUGACAAAGAUGAGCAAGGAGGAAGCAGAAGCACACAGCCGAAACUGCAUGCUGACACGCUCGGCGCGCGGCGGCGGCGUCCGUUUCUCUCAGAUUAGAAGUGCAACCUCGCGCCUGCAAGGAACCCUGCAUUUGUCGGCUGAGAGCCUGGCGCAGAUGCUACAGGCUUCGCUCGUCCGUGGCCGGUGGCAAGGCCGGAUGCGCGAUCUCCAUGCUCGUGAUUGUUGCCGGAUGCCUUUGCAUGAUGAGGACACGCCUGUGGCUUGCUGGCUAGGCUCGCAAUCGGACCUGCGAUUUGCCAGAUGGAUUCUCUUCUCGAGGUGCAGGGUCAUGGUGUUUUGCGUUGGGUACGGCCGCCAAGUGGAGAAUGAAUCUGCGCCCCUCCUCUCGCAGGUGCGCAGCAUGUUGCAAGCGAUGUUGUUCGCAAUUGCAACCGCCGCUGUGGCCGCGAAGUCGGGGAAGGGAGGUCUUACCACUUUGAAGUCGCCACUCGAUGAGUCUGCAUGGGAGGGCGUGCGUGCGGCGGAUGCCAUGCCGGGCUUUAACGUGGAGGUUCUCAAUUCAACUUCCUGCUCCAAGAAGGUGCGCCGAGGCGACGAGGUCCAGAUUUUCUUCGGUGCUGCAACCGGGCAGCAGCAUGUGGAGCAAGCGGCCUCCCGCGGCUUGGCUGAGCAGAACUUCAUCGUGGGAAAGCACAACGUCCCAGCUGUCAACAAAGGCAUUGUUGGCAUGUGUCCAGGAGACACGCGUCGCAUUUCGGUGAAGUCACACGCGAUUGACUACACCGUGAAUUUGGUGAACAUCACCGGCGGGCCCCUGCGCAUCAAGGUCUCAAGAGCAGCAGUUCGACUUCCAAGGGAGGUCGCUGCAUUACCAUCGGAUCUGACUUUGCCGCGAAUGACUCUCUGGAGGCACAUCUAUCCAUCGGAAAGCUUUGUCCAGGAGCGCGAACAGGAGCUCUUCAAGUAUUUCUCUGGAGCUUUGCAAGCGGCUUCGGAGAAGGCGGCGGCCGACCCAGACCGCUGCACGGAUGCAGCCGACGUCUGUCACGCGCUGCCGAGUUUCUUGGGCCUGCAGAAGCAAUUUGCUUGCCCGCUUGCUUCACGUUCAUCGCGCAGGAGAAAGAUGGGCAACACCAGCUGCGCUUGCUUUGCGCAAGUUGAGGAGGCUCCUGUGGAGUACUUGCCUGACCUGGCAAAGGACUUGCAGGAGUCUGACAUCGUAGCUCUGGCUCCCAUCGCUGAGGACGUGGCGGAGGCAAACGCCAUGAACAGCGGAGAGGAGCUGCCCACGCUCCUGAAGCUCUUCAAUGACCAGCGCGACCUCAAUAUCGAUGAGAUCAAGGCGCCGCUGGCGCCUGCGAAGCCUGCGAAUCCUGAGAAGCAACUUGCAAGGGCACAAACCGACAGCCUGCAUGAGCAGCGACCGGGCUUCCGCCGGAGCAUGACGUCGCCGGAGAACUGGGCAAAGGGCGAGGCACGGCUACGAAGUGGGGUGAGGAAAGCUGCUGGCAGUGUGAUGAAUGCCAUCUCGGCGUCAAGAAAUUCUCAUAUGCUGUGUGCGAGUUUCGGAAUGACCUCCCAGUAUCAUCGCAGUCGCUCAUCGUUGGCCUGA